CCGUCACGCGACUGCAGGAUAGACUCGUUGUUCUUGUCAGUGAUUGACCCCUGUCGAAGAGUACGUGGAUGGCAGGCGAUUGUUGAUAUAGCGAGAGAAAUAGAGAGAGGAGAUGGGGGAGUAAGUCUGGGUGUUUUCUUGGCCGUAGUCGUUCUCUUAGUUGUAUAUGGAAUUGGAGAGAGUAUGUACACUAGGAUGUGGGGUUAGUGCAUGUUCUACUGCUUCCUCUUUCGGUUUAUUUCAGUCUAUUUUGCUAAAUCUGACUGACUCCAUAUGAUCGGUGAUGGAAAGGAAUGAGAGCGCAUAGCAAUAAUAGAUUAAGCUAUGGCAGUAGUUAACUACCUUAGUUACCUAGGUAGUUAUGAAGUUGUGAUAAGACAGACGGUUGACCUGUGCGCACUGCAAGCAGCAGAUCCGAUCGGCCGGGGAUGGCGAGGGGCCCGUGCGCCUACCCGUGCGCCUGCCCGAAGCGGCGAGCGGGUCACGUGCCAUAAAGUUCCGCCAAGCUCCUGGCAGGACCGUCCUGGGGAAGGCGCGCCUUGGCUUUGGCCAGUGCGGCGGUCGCUCCUUCCGGGCUCGGGGCGGUCCUUGUGCCUUCCCAGCUUGUCACUCGCUGGCUGCUCCGUACUCCGUAUAUCCUCGCCACCGCCCUCUCUCUCUCUCUGUGUGUCUUUUCUGUCUCUGUCUAGGGCUGUCUCUCUCUCUCUUUCCACUUAUGGUAGACUAACUUACUGUCUUCUCUCGUUCUUGUUCGCUUUCCAGGGUUACUGCCUGAGGAUCCUGUCCGUAUUAUGGUACCUACUUAGUCUUACGAGGACGACUUAGUUAAUAACUAACUAAUCAUACCAUAAUCACAAUCACAAUCACAAUCAGAAAUAAUCAUUAUCAUAUUCCCCACUCCUCCUAGGCCUAGAGUAAACUCUCUGGACUCCAAAGCCCGUCCUGACACCCAGGGAGCAUCCCGGUUAUGUCGAUGGCGGCGGAGGGCUGCAGCUGUCAAA